UGGCCCACUGCACCUGUAUCUCCUUUAAUUAUUUUUCCAAACUUGAUCCUGUCCUAUUUCAUCUUUCCAGAUCAAUAAUAUGAAAAUAAAAUUCAAGGAAACCAUUGAAAAGUGCGACAGUCUAGAGCAGAAGUUGAAUGAGUUAAUGAAAGACAAACAAGCUCUCGAGAGAAAGUGUUCUCAACUGAACAACAGAGUUUUGAAAUUAGGCACUGAACUGAAAGAGGAACAAGAAAUGAACAAAUGCUUGCGAGCUAAUCAGAUCCAGCUACAAACCAAACUGAAAGAAGAGGAAAAGAAGCUGAAGGACACAUGUGAUGAGAAAGACAGGCAGAUUACAGAGGUGCAGGAGCAGCUGCGAGAUGUCAUGUUCUACCUGGAGACUCAGCAGAAAAUCAAUCAAAUGCCAGCCGAUACCCGACAGGAGAUUCAAGAGGGACAGAUAAAUAUUGCGGUGGCAUCUGCUGCAUCGUCACCUGGAGCCAUAACCAAACAGACCUCCAGGAGAGGAAGAGGAAAACGGAGCAAAUAGUUGAGCUUUCUCAUUUUUGAAAGAGGAAAAAAAACAAAAACAAAACCUCCUGGGAGGUGUGUGUGUAUAUUUGCUUAUUUUCAAUGCUACUACCAUAUUUCUGUUAUCUAUGAUUCUAUAUUCAAGAAUUGCCAGUUUUUUUUGGCAGUUGGCUAUAUUCUGCACUGUGCAGAAAAAUUAUUUAAUACAACAUUAUUGAUUUAUAUUUGCUGGUAUUAUAGCUUAAGUGUAUGAGCUAUGCAGUUGAAAAGGUUUUGCAAAACAUGUCAAAUGUGCAGGACAUCUCAAACUACCUGAGCACAAUGAUUAAUCCACAAUAAUUUAUGGCCAAUGGACAUUAGCAUUAAAGUUAUCUAUCUUAAUGCUUUUCAGUUUUCUUCACAUUCACAAGAUAGUUCAUAGAUCUACAAAUCCAGCAUUUAGAUACUAUUUUGAUUAUAGGCAGUAUGAUUUAAGUGAAAAUAGCAAACUUUCAGAUCUGCUCAGAAUGCAUACCUGAAACAUUGUAGAAUCUAAAAGUCUAUUUAAAUCGUGUUUUUGCACCUUUAUUGCUGACCAGUGAUAAAUUGGGUGAGAACAUUGUAUUCAUUUGGAAUUUUCAGCAGUACAAUCACCAAAUUAAAGAUGUACUAAUCUCUCACAGCUGUUAGAGAUCUAACUGAAAUAAAUUUGGGCAGUUUAAAUUCAAGUGCAUGGAAAAAAUGUCCACAAUUCAACAUUAAUUGCAAAUUUCAUUUAUAAGUUGGAUAAUUUGGCUAAUGAGACAGUCAUGGUAGUUAAUGGAACACUUAAUGGUAGUGGAGCCUGCAUUUAAAGUGAAAUACCUGACUGUAAGUUAUUAAUGUUCACAUUUGGAAAAAGGUAGAGAUUGCUUAAUGUUAGAACCCCAUGUGAAAAGAAUCAAAACGUAGAUAUAUAAAGAAAAUUACUGAACUGAUCUUUGCAGUUAAUUGAAAGAAUGAGGGUUCAUCAAGUUAACUAAUUUAUAAGCUUUUAACUUUAAAAUCUAGAAAGUAAAGUAUUAUUGAAAGCCGACAAACCAUGUCUGUGUAUGCACUGACUUUUACAGUUAGAUUUUGUGACAUUUAAAUCCACAUUUUUCCCUACUGUGUCUAGCAAAUUAACUGUUGACAAGAACAAUAAGAACAAGAACACAUGUAAGAUAAAAGAAUGGUAAGCAGCAUAGAAAAUUCCAGAAUAAAAGAUGAGCUAUGCUUCACCAUGAAUCACAUACUCAAAUAUUAAACUGUAUUAAACUGUAUAUCCCACUUAUGUCUCCAGAUGUUGCUUCACUUGUGUCAGUGGCCGUUGCAAUUUAUUUCUAUCUGUAGCACUCGGUUCUUCCAUUCUGCAAUAAGUUAUCCUUGAUUUGUAAGAGAUUUUAUUUCUAAUGAACAUGUUUUAGUUCUUUCUGAAUGACUUAACGGCUAACAUCUAUUCUUUUUGUAAGGCCAGCAUCAGAUGGAAUUCUGUGAUUGCUGUGAACAAUCACACUUUGACAAAAAGAUUGUGAGAUUAUUAAUAUAUUAUGUAAUUUAAUUUAAAGCAAAAGGAAGCUUUUUCAAUUUAUGUACUUUAUUUUUGAUCUGACCUUAAUUCAGAAGUCAUUAACAUCUUGCAGUUUGUAAAGAAGCCUAAAGGUAUAGAUUUACUUUGUGCUUUUUGAGUUGAUCUGAUUAUAAUGAUUAAAUAUUAUGAACGAUAGCUGAAGUUAGACAGCUGUAGAUUGAUGGGUAUUGAGUAACUUGCCAAGCAGGUAUACUGAAGAUUUUUUUUUCCUCUUCAAGAAAUCCCUGUUAUCUAUCCUUAGGGACUAUUAGUGCUCACCAUUCUUAAUUACACUGCACAAGAAGGCAAUUUACUAAACUUUUUUUAAGGGUGUUCUGCAACAAAUUUCUCUAAAGAAAAAUGCCAGUGUAAAUUAUCUGCAGCGAAACCAUGUUCUCUCAAUGGAGAUAUUAAUAUAACAUUUUGUAAAAACAUCCUACACUUUUUUUUGAGGGCUGUUCAAUCUUGAAGUGCAAAAUGAUGCAUUUUGGGUCAAACUCUUCAAUUUGGAUCACUGUAUUUUAAUUUUACAUAGAGUCUAAUUUGGUCAAUUCGAUCUAAUUUCAAUAAACUGAGCAAUAAUCCAGUCAUAUAUGUGAAUAAGGCAGUAGAACAUAACUUUUGUCUGUUCAGAAUGAAUAAGACUUUGUUGAAGCUUUUUUUGUGAGACACUAUUAAAGGAUUGUUUUAAACAGAAUAAAAAUUGUUCCGCAGUAAACGUACCUUUAAGUUGUC